UAAUGGUUUCUGCGCAGCCGCAGUGCCAUGUAAACACAACUGCCGCGGUUGGCUGUGGUUAUAUCUCGUGCUAAUAUCGCUAGCUAAAUUGAGCUAAAAGAGCUUUCAUUUUACUCGGGUAUCGUUAUACAAAGAUUUUUAGCGCUCAAUGAAAGAAACUAUGUGAUUUCUGCAGUAUGUGCUGUACUCAGCUAACUAUUUAAGAUCAUCAGCUAAGAAGGUUAGCUAGCGGUGACGUUAGCGUUAGCUUGUAACCAAUGAUAAAGCGUUUGAGACCGACUUGUUAACUAGCUAGCCCGAUAACGUACGACCUUUUUGUAGUUUUUUUAGUAUCUGUGUAGUUAUUCGCCAUAUCUGAUCAUUUUGUUUCGCCAAAAUGACUUAUAGCAUCACGCCAUUAUUCAGCGUAAUUAUCUAGCCGGGAAAGGUUAGUUUUCCUAACUCAGGUGAUAGGCCAUCGACUGACAGGAAUCAAGCUACGUUAACAAGUCGAUUACAUCAACCAGCCGGGUCCUUCAGUCUGGUCAGACCAAAUACAAAAAGGAAACGCGUCGCGAUUGAUUUAGUGUCAUCAUAUGUUGACUGAAAACAGGAAACGACAGCGCAGUGGUGGUGAUGAGGAGAGUGGCCACCUGGUGCCCCAAGCCAAAAGGCAGAACGGAGCGCACCCUCUCUCUCCUGAGCCAGGCCGGGAUGCCUGGGACUCUGAGUCAUCCAACAGUGAGAGCAGUAGCAGUAUCAGCAGUCCAGAACAUGCAGCUGGGAGCUGUAGCAGUCAGUGUGUUGUGGGCCCCUGCAGUCCCCUCAGCUUUGGCGACUCCUCAGAACUGGCCGGCCCUAAAAACCUGGUGUCCUACCUGCAGAUCAACCGCAUUCUGAAGGAGGCCCACUUCCAGAGCCUGCAGAGCCGAGGCCAGCUCAGAGACACAUGAUGACUUAAUGUCCGUUUGUCAGCCACCAGCCACCGUGUCCCUGAAGAUGUCGGAGCACCACAUGCUGAAUCACUUCACUCAGCUCUUCCCCACCCAUCUCCAGCUACUGUGAUAUCUCACAGCUCUACAUAUCUUUGGAUGGAGACCAAGUUCCUGGUCAGGUAUCUGGAGGGUGUUCAUCAUUCAAAUAAAUGAAAAUGAUAAUCAUUUUAGCAAUAAUAACUGUGAGAUCCACUUAAACAUUUUUUUGUGAUCCACUUGAUUUCUGACCAGUCUGGUUUACAUGCUGCUCUAAGAGCCUUUAUAGUGACUGAUUGAUAAUGAUGAAUCCCUGUGUUUUGUCUUAAAUGUUGUAUGAAAAUAGUGCUACUGGAGCUGCACAAAUGGCACCAAACACAAUUUUUAGGCCGGUCAGUGUGACCCGUUUAGUCUCCUAGUAGGGUACUUGGUUGUUUUAUGCUGAAUCUGAUGUCUGUGUAAGUACAUGGACCAGUCUCAGGGAGGAUUUGCACUUGUCUUGGACUGCUCAUUUUUUUCAUAAUCAGACAGGGACUACUUCACAGGAGGCUUGGAAGUCAUGGGUGUUAGCUUGGCCAAGGAAGGUGUUUUCUGUCCUUAUUUUGUUAGUUAAUCAAGUAUUUAAUAAUCUUGUCAUUAGAUUUCAGUUAAAUGUAGUGGAGAGUCAGCCAGUGGAAAAAGUGGUUUGGUUACAGCACGGAUCAUAAUUUAAAAGGACGCCGUAACACUGCCAGAAAGGGAGUUUUGAAUAUUUUUGCCAAUUUCCCAUCAGAUACUGCGUUUACUCGAAAUCCAUAUUUAAUUAUUAGUUCAAAUGUUUAUUGAGAUGCAGAUCCGUUCACAGGUGCACAUUCAAACUUUGUAAACAUACUUGAAAAAUUGUGCAGGCCUCGCAGUGGUGUCCCCAGGUGUUGCUUUCUAGCCACCAUUUUUAUGUUUAUUUUCUCCACAUCAAUUGGAUAAAAGAUAAUUAUCUACCCAUCCGGUCUUCUCAUGAUCAUUAGAUAAUAAGGCUAUAGCCUGUGACAUGGGAAUAAUACUCUGUAAUCUGCAGCAUUGCCAAAUGUCCCUCAUAUUUCAUAUCAAACUUUAACACCAUUAUUAUUAUUAAAAAGAUGCAACCUCAACCAAAGGAAGAGUUAAUGUAAUGUUACUAUAAUCCCUCACUGGGAGUGAUGGUGCACCUAUUCUAGUCAGCAAUUAGUUAACAAUAUAAUGACCUUGGACACAAAGCAAUAUUAGAUAGAGAUUGCAUAAUGUUUGUGGAUUAUGAAUAGAUGGAUGAAUACUCCACCUUGUGCAUCUUUACUAAUAAUUGUGAGAAUACAGAUUGAUAUAAUUCAAAAUCGACCAGGAGAUAACUAUUUUGAGGUCAUGAGAAUAAUUUAGAAUAUUUUGAUUUAUGAUAUUAGGUGAGAUAAAUUGAGCAGCUAUUUUUUUUUUUUUCUCUUGUGAUCUUGGGAAAAAGGUAAUGUGAUCACAACAUGAUCAAAUUUAGUUUUCUUGUGACCACAAAGAGAACAACGGUAGUAACACCCAUGAGCUCUACAACCCUCCAAACUUUGUAGACUUUCUUUUUUUUUUUGUGUUGGGAAAUGUAGUUCUUUUAGUCCUGAGGGGGUUAGCCUUUAGGAACAAAAAGACAUUCCCCAGGCUUUGUUUGCAAUAUUACUGGAGCCAAUAAGAUGCUGUUUAAAUUGCAGACAAGCCUCUCUGCCUGUGCACUACCAUUCCAUGGUUGCUGUAUGAAUGUCCAUGUGCACUGAACAUCCAGGUACAAGCACUGACCGUAAGGCUGUGCAUCUCUCCUUUUUCUAAAAGUGGGAUUGGUUUCUCUGCUGAACCUCUAUCCCAGGAAUAAGCUUGGCUGUUUAUUUUUAUUUCUAUUUUUUCAGACUGGUGUGUCAGAAGUAAAAACAUUUUGAAGAUGUUUUUUUUUUUUUUUAAAUGUAUUUUUUUUUGUAUUUAGUAAUGUACAUGACAUUAACAUGCCAUUGACUUUUUUUUUCUUGUAAAU